AAUAAUAAUAAUAUUAUAACCACAGAAAUAUAGAUAGUUGUGUAAAGAACUUCUUUAUAAUCUUGGUUAUGUUGUAUGGUUGAGUACUUGAGUAGUUAACAUCACGAUUCAUGGUCUUCUAUAAUAGAGGUUGAUAUCGUGAUAUCGUUCCGCUGUUAUCGUAACUGAACACAACCGUCGUUUGAAAAUUCUUAAAAGAUUUUUCUAAUUCGAAAUUAGAGAGUUGGAUCACAUACAAUUUUUAACAUUGAUUUAUUUACUUAUUUACAAUUUUGUAGUCCUAAUUAUAAAUUAUAAUGGAUGAUUUAUAUUUCAAAAUUAAUAUCGUUUUAAAUGAGUGUUCUAGAUAUUUAUGUAAUUUUGAGAAAAAAGAAUUUCAUGAAUAUAAAAUAAUAUUCAUAGAAUUAAUAAACGGACCACUCCUUCAAUUUGUAAAAUCAAUUCAAGUUUUUUUAAAAACAUUUAAAAAUAAAAAUGUUUACAUGCUUUGUGUAUGCUUAAGUCAAAUUCAAAAAUGUCUCCUCUUGUAUGAAACAACUAUAUCAGAACAAAAUAAAGUUCUAAACUUUGAAAAGGUUUUAAGCAUGUACAUAAUUAAGCGGAUUCAAAAAUGUUUUUAUAAGUUGGAAGACUGUUUGGAAAUGAUAGAUUUAACUGACGUGGAUGAACAUCCAGGAAAAUUCAUCGAUCAAAUGAAUAUUGUUUUAAAUGCGCUAAGCAAUAGGGAUCAUUUUGAACUUAUUAAAUCUAAUAUCAAUAAAAUUUUAUUUCAAGCUAUAACUAUUGCUAAAGUUGCAGAUACAAUAGACAACUUAGAAAUAACAUCUUCAUCUAAACAUGUUUUAACAGCGAUUCAACAAUUCGAAAAGAUAAAUAUCAAUGAAACUGAUAGUUUUUUCCGAUAUGAUUAUUUAUCUUCCUCAUUAUCUAUUCUUGAAAGAAGAAUUAAUACAUCAGUUUUGCAUCUUAUUUUUAAGAUUUUUAAUGAUCCAUUUCUUACUAUCAAAAAACUGAUUAAAAAGUGUGCAGAUUCUGUUGACACUCAACUAAGAAGUUCAUCAGAUUUACACAAUAUGAUUUGUGAUUUGGAUAAAUAUACUGACAUACUAAUUCAGAUUGGACUAUUUUCUGUGGCCUGUUGUAAAAAUGAUGAAUAUGUUAUUCCUUUAAAAUCGUGUAUAUCAAGCUUGGAACUUUUGGACAGUGAUAUGGUACCAGCUAUUAUUGAGUUUUAUUUAGAUCCGACUUCAUUAGUGAAAAAAACAUUUUUAAAGCUGCUAAUAAACCAUUGGGUUUGUGAGAUUUGUGAAAUACAAAAUCUUCUAGACAAAAUCGUCGAUCCCUAUGCAUUCAUUCAAACAACAAUAGAAACUUCUAUGAAUAUUAUUGAUACUAUCCAAAAGAGUGAUCCAAAUGCCAACAUGGAUUUAUAUGUAUAUUUGUUAAAUGGAAUGAAUAAUUUUUCAAAGUUUAUUGAAAAAAUAUUUACACUGGCCCUUUCUGAAAAUAAAGAACUUUCUAUGACUUACAAGCAGUAUAAAAAUGCUCUGAGAGAGUAUAAUGCAUGUUUAAUCUAUAAUCAAAAAACAAGUCACAGUUAUAAUGAUUCAACUAAAAAUCAGUUACUUAAAAGAUGUGCAAUUGUAAUCAAAUAUUUGAAAAAUAUUCAAACUAUAAUUUCUGAUAUGCUGGAAGAUAAAAGUUUGUCUGAAUUAGAAAAUACAUAUUAUAUUUUAUCUAAGACAAAACAAUCCUCGCUGAGUUUGUUACAAAAUGAUGACCUAGAUAAUAAUGAUGAUCUGAAUUUGUUGCUUACAACUAUUCAAGGUCAAAAAUCAUUCUACAAUAAGUCAGAACGUAAAAUUUCUAAUAAACUGUGUCAUCAAGAUUAUAAUUGUUUACCCUCUACUAAUGAAACAACCUAUGAUAAUAUUGUUACAAUGGAUCUUACAAACAUUUUAGAUAACUUUAUUCAUGAGUCAUUCAAUAUGAAUAAGGAUAAUAUAAAUAAAGUAAAUAUAUGGGAAGAAAUAGGUAUUGAUACUCCUACAAGAAUACAAGAUCUAGAAGAUGUUGAUAAUAAGAUUAUAAGUGUUAAGAAAUGCUGUUAAAACACCAAUUUAUUUUAAAUCAAAUUGUUACAAAUAUAAUGUAAUUUAACAUCUGAUUAAUUGUCUAAUUUAUCAAGUAAAAUUAUAACAUAUUGUAUUUUGUGUUAAAUGUAAAAGCUAUUGACAAACAUUGAGAAUAGAUUAAAUAUAUUUUUAAUUUUAAUAUAAAAUAUAUCAUAAUAUAGUUUUUUCAGGAUUCAAUAAAGAAGAAAAAAAUCGAAUUUAUCUUAAAUAGUAUAAAGAAUGAAAAGAUAUUAAUUAAAUUUACAUAGUUUGUAAUGCUUUAAUUUUGUUUUAAUAAUAUAUAAUUAGUAGUGUAAAAUCAAGUUUGAAUUACUAGAAAUGCCAUAAUUGGCCUUAUUAUAUACUUUUUAUUCUAUAUAAUCUACAUGUACACUGUGUGCCCACAGAAACAGGGUAUACUUUAUAACUUUGUCAGUACCCUAUACAUAAUUUCAUGUUUUAUACAUUAUGUCUAUGUAUGUAAUUUAAAACAUAUAGGGCUGCAUCAUUUUAGAACUGUAUUCAUAUUUUACGCUGGGUUCAUUUAAAUUUAAAUUUGAGUGUAAAUGUGCUUAGG